AUGAGGGGUCCUUGGAUUAGGCUGAUUUUUUGCUGUUUGUGGCACCUAUGUGCAGCCCAGAUUCAGAGACCACAAAUUGCAAAUCCCAGAUUUGCCAUGAACAAUCCCACCCUCACAACGGUGGCGUUAGAGAAACCUUUCUGUGUGUUUGAUGGCCUGAUGUCAAAAGAAGCAUCCUAUGAAGUCUUUCUCUAUGUCAUGGCUGAAUCUGCAGGUACUUCAAGACCAUCUGUUGCAGACAACAGUAGUAAACCUCUCAAUGCCACCUUCCAAGAAACUGGUGGAGGACAAAGUGGUCCUUACAAAGCUGCGGUGUUUAAUGUUCCCAACUGCGCGUCUCCACCCAAGCUCUCCGAUGUGGCUGAUGCAACCAAAGCACCUGCUGUCCUGACCCAGUAUCUGAUCAGAGUUGGUGACAAUGCAGCUUGUCUAUAUGACCCGAAUUUCCUCGACGUUUGCAACCCGCCUCUUUCCCAAGAUACAGCCUACAGAUUUAAAUACCUCCUUGUUGACAGAACAGCAGGUGUCAUGAAAGACCAAACUCAAUGGUCUCAUCCAAUCAAAACCAAAAGACCGAAGCAGUCCUCUGCCAUUGAUACUUGGCCGGGUCGGAGAACUGGUGGAAUGAUAGUCAUCACCUCCAUCCUGAGUGUGCUCAUGUCCAUCCUAGUGGCUGGAUUUCUUGCUGCUACGCUUUUGGCUGUAACGCCAUCAGAAGAGAUUCCUACUGAGACCAGAUAUGAAUCUCGAACUGUCCAACAGACUGUCGCAAGAGUACAAGAAACAUCUGAGCUAGAACACUAG